GAAGGGGUCAAAUUGGAACGAGAGCUGUAAAGGAGACCAACGACAAAAUACAAACCGAAGUGGGUUUCGAAUCUUCAUCUCCAGACGAUCGUUCGAGUUGCUGGGAAUUUUGUCCUCAAAAUAUCUUCUGAGCUAAGCUUAUAAACUGGUGCCAGUUUGAGGAAAAAAGAUGUGGGCAGCAUCUUGCCUUGCGUCGUGCUGUGCAGCUUGCGCAUGUGAUGCAUGCCGUACGGUUGUUUCGAGUAUUAGCCGUAGGUCUGCAAGGAUUGCAUACUGUGGCCUCUUCGCACUCUCUCUGAUUGUUUCUUGGAUUCUCAGAGAGGUCGCUGCUCCCCUUCUGGAGAAGAUCCCUUGGAUUAAUACUUUCCAUGAAACACCUAGCAGAGAUUGGUUUCAAACUGAUGCAGUCUUGCGGGUUAGCUUGGGAAAUUUUCUCUUCUUCACCAUUCUAUCUGUAAUGAUGGUUGGUGUAAAAAGUCAAAGGGAUCCCCGUGAUGGUAUUCACCACGGUGGAUGGAUGGUGAAAGUUAUUUGUUGGUUCCUUCUGGUGGUACUAAUGUUUUUCAUUCCAAAUGAGAUUAUUGCCUUUUAUGAGUCUAUAUCAAAAUUUGGCUCAGGACUGUUUCUUCUCGUCCAAGUUGUUCUUUUGCUGGAUUUUGUUCACAGAUGGAAUGACACCUGGGUUGGAUAUGAUGAGCAAUUUUGGUUUAUUCCCACUCUCCAAUCCCCCAUGGCUGACCAAUCAACCCCGCNUUUCUGUUAUCUUGCAACAUUUGUCUCGUCUGGAUUUCUCUUUCACUGGUUCACACCAUCAGGACAUGACUGUGGGCUCAACACCUUCUUUAUAGUCAUGGCCCUAAUUUUUGCGUUUGUUUUCACAGUUGUUGCACUACACCCUUCAGUUGGUGGCAGUGUUUUACCUGCAUCAGUCAUCUCGUUGUACUGCAUGUAUCUCUGUUACAGUGGGCUUGCUAGUGAACCAAGAGACUAUGAAUGUAAUGGUCUCCACAAGCAUUCCAAGGCUGUUUCUACUGGCACUCUUGCCUUGGGUCUUCUCACCACUGUUCUAUCAGUAGUCUAUUCUGCUGUUCGUGCUGGUUCUUCUACAACCUUGCUUUCUCCUCCAAGUUCACCCGGUGCGGGAAAGCCAUUGCUUCCAUUGGAGAAGUCAGAUGAGCACGAGGAAAAAGAGAAGGCAAAGCCAGUUACAUAUUCAUAUUCAUUUUUCCACAUCAUCUUCUCUCUUGCUAGUAUGUACUCAGCAAUGCUCCUGACUGGAUGGACUAGCUCUGUUGGCGGGAGUGGCAGGUUGGUCGAUGUCGGGUGGUCAUCCGUGUGGGUUCGGGUUGUGACUAGUUGGGCUACUGCAGCAUUGUUCAUCUGGUCUUUGAUUGCCCCCGUCCUGUUUCCAGACCGGGACUUCUAGCGGCUUACUCGUCGAACUUGUGAUGUCGAUGUGUCUAAGUAAGUUCUAUUGCGUGCACGUAUGAUGUACAUGAAAAUUUCCAGUGUGUAUAUGGUAAGCCUGGAGGAUGGCUUUAAAACUGGACCUUGAACUUGUUUGGAAGACGUUAUUCACUUGCAUAUGGUGACUUAAGAAAGUUAUAAUAUAGACUCCAAAACAGUGCCUUGAGUGAUU